AUGCCGAGGGUUUUUGUGUUUUCAAAUCUAGUGUACCACGGACAAACACCCCAACCGAACCACGACGCUGUUUUUGUGACAGCUCUAUACGACAUAGGUCGAGGACAAUGGAGACACUUUCAGCGAAAGUUUGAGGAAUAUUUGUCCUAUUUUAAAAAUCUAUUGGAUUUGAAUGUGAAACUUAUCGUCUACUCCAACGAAACUGUUAUAAACUUUGUAAUGGAUAGAAGAAAACAUCUAAGAGACAAGACAAUGACCGUAGUGCUGCCCUUCACAGAACUAGAUUACUACGAAUACAGACAACACAUUCACCAUAUACUUUCCUCAGCAGAAUUUCGAGAUUCCAACGAAAUGUUGGAUCAUCCCGAAGCGUUUUCAGUGGAAUAUUUAAUUCUAAUGAAUAACAAGGUUUCCUUUUUGGCAAACGCUGUCAAAAGAAAUCCUUUUCACAGCACACAUUUCUUUUGGAUCGAUGCGGGUUACGGACACGGGGACGAUCUCACCAGAUGGGCAGACUUUCGUCCUCGAGUACUUUUAAACAAGGACGACAAGAUAACGUACAUUGAACUGAACGACCCCCAGUUAUACUCAGAUAUCAAUCACCCACAUAAGGUCAGCAUGGGGCCCGCCUUUAGUGGCGGUUUCUUCGGAGGAAAUGCAGAGGCCAUUCUGAAAUAUGAAAGACUUUACAAGAAAACUUUUCGAAAACUCCUUACGGAAUUUAUUGUGGAUGACGAUCAAAAUGUGGCAUAUCAGUGUUAUAUGGAAAAUCCCAGUUUAUUUGAAAAUUUUCGCGGAAAUUGGUUUGAUGCAUUUAGAUUAUUUUCAUAAAAUAUGGUGGACAGAUUC